AUGUUCCAGCCUCAACCCACGCCCUUCGCCUCCGCCUGCUUCGCAUCGACGCCGUACGCCUUCCCGUCGCCGCCACAGCCCGUUUCGAACCCGCCUCAGCCUUCGCGCGCCACGGCGCUGUCUUAUGGCCUGCUAGGCCAAAGGCUCGACCUCGGCUUCCAUAUCCCUUCCAGCGGAGGACCUGCCCACAGCUCCAUUGCAGGCACGACGGCUGGAGCUGCACCGGGUCUUGGGGCCACAGGAAUUGGCGCUGCGCCCGGUGUUCCUUCUCGAGGUCUCGCCUACAGCUCACCGCAGCCUCUGGGCCAUUCUCGCCCGCCGCCCCACCAACAGCAGCAGCAGCGACAACACAUUGUCUCGCAUCGUCAUCAGCCGCCUGUAUUGAUCAAGAUGGAGGACCCGGAUCCGCAUGGCAUUGCGGCGCAACAGGCUGCCGCCAAAGACUACCAGCCAAAUCUUGAGGGCCCCCUGGUUGGCGAGAAGACUACGACUUCAAUCAUCACUCAAGAGUAUGAGAAAGCUGAUGCAAGCUUCGUCGAGAAGACCUAUGUAUGUGCCCCCCUACACCCCUACACCGAGGACCCUUGGGGCUGGUGCGAGACAGCAGCGCUGACUUUGAUCUUCAUGCAGAAUCUACCACAGACAUUCCAGCAUUACCGACCUAUACAGGGUGACGGCAAUUGCGGUUGGAGGGCCAUUGGCUUCUCCUAUUAUGAGAAACUCAUAGAGAUUGGCAACAGAAGCCAGGUCGAGAGUGAACUGGCCCGGUUACGCGGCCUAAACCAGAUGCUCCCCUCUGUCGGCUACCAGUACUGGGAAGAUUUUGCCGAAGAAGCUCUGGCGCUGCUCCAGGAUGUCGCGGACAAUAUUGGCAACUCGAGUAUAGCGCAUCAGCUGAUUUUCCAACGGUGGAACGAUGAUGGGGCGACACAGAGCAUCAUUUACUACUUCCGCAUGCUGGCUGGCAUGUUUCUCAAGAUGCAUGCUGCGACCUACGACCCAUUCAUUGCCGACGCCGGCGGUAUCCCAGGCUACUGCAGCAGCACAGUCGACAUUCCUAAUAAGGAAAUCGAGCAUUUGGGUAUCACAGCCCUUGUCGACAUCCUCCUGAAGCCCAUCAAUGUUGUUUUGGAGAUUCUCUAUCUCGACCGGAGCCCUGGCCCCCAUGCCACCAAAUACCGGUUCCCCGAAGAGGCCAACGAGCAAGACGAAUCACAGUUUGGCGCCGUCAUUUACUUGUUGUUCCGUCCCACGCACUACGACAUCUUGUAUCGUGCCCCACCGCUGCCUGUCGAGGUACCGCAGCACCCAGUGUCAAUUCAGGUUCACAGGGUCAACACGUAUGACAAUGGUGGUGGCAUAAUGAGCACCCAGACCGACCUGGGCGCUUUCGCCACGGGCGACUUCAGCAUGCUGAGCAUGCUUCCCGGGUUCGGCCCCCCAUCAGGGCCCGUGAUGCCUUUGGCCUCGCCUCUCGCAUCUCCUCCAACAGACCCGCUGGGCGAGCCAUUCUCGCCUGCUUCGCAGUCACAGCCCCCCUGGACACAACAGUAUUGUGACGGCUUGACGACGCCGUCCCCCCAAUCUACCACUCAACAGCCGCCGGUUGUGGCACCAGCACCUCCUUCGCUCCCCAAAUCGUCCACCCCGCUUUCGCCACACACGACAGCAACGGCGGGAGUGACAAGACCCGCAAUCAUGGCUGCACCGACUUCACUGGUCCCUCCUUCACCUGAAUGCACCAUACGUUUCAGCCCGAUGCAGCUUGAAUACGACGGUAGCAAGGGGUCAUACCCAGAACCCACAUUCCAGGUAACGACAAGCACGUUCAAGAACAGUGUGUGGAAUAGGGCGCACUUUGGGAAUCCUGACUUUCACCCGGAGGAAUGGAGCCCCGAUGACGAAAAUGUCGACGGCCGGAUGGGCUCCAGAAAGAAAUCGAAAUAA